AAUUUGAUCCCCAAUUGUGUGCCAUCAAUCGACCGUUCUUACUUUCACAGUCCAGCCCCGACGACGACAUUUCAGUACCGACAUUUUCUUUCGCCCCCGAUCCGACGAUACUAACCCAUACCGAAAAUGUCCACCAGCAAAGUCAAGGCCGGAGCCCUCUGGGGCAAGGAUAAGGAUGAGCUCCUCAAGCAGCUCAACGAGCUCAAGACUGAGCUGAACCAGCUCCGCAUCCAGAAGAUCGCUUCGUCUGGCACCAAGCUCACCAAGAUCCACGACAUCCGCAAGUCGAUCGCCCGUGUCCUCACCGUCAUCAACCUGAAGCAAAGGCAGCAGCUCCGUCUGUUCUACAAGAACAAGAAGUACCUGCCCCUCGACCUGAGGGCGAAGCAGACCCGUGCCAUCCGCCGCCGCCUUUCAAAGGAGGAUGCCUCGAGGGUGCUCGAGAAGACCAAGAAGCGCCAGCAACACUUCUCCCAGAGGAACUACUUCGUGAAGGCCGAGUAAACGCGGUCGUUCGGUGGUUGUAAUUUCGUCAAUUCUGGGCAAAGGGAAAGGGCAAGGGGGAGGAGUUGCGUUCUGUUUUCUUACCAUUGGGUUUGGGUUUUCUCUCUUCUCUGUCUCUUUCGUCGGGGCGGCGCAAAACAAAAAGAAGCACAAGAUGAUUCCAAAACGCAGCAUCACAGCAACGUCUUUUUUUAUUUUUUUCAUGAUGGCUCCGCAAUGGGCGAAUGGCAUAUCCCCAGUUGGGAACUCUGUUUUACUCACAAGGGAAAGGGUUAAAACGGUGUUUUUCACGAGGAUGAAAAGAAGGAUCUCGUUAUGAUUUCCCUUUUUGAUAGCCAUCUUGAUGACGGGAGAGGAAUCAAAUCAGGGUCGGGCCGGAUCAGAUAUAUCCUGUCUGGCCCGAAGAAAAAUACCAAUGAUGAACAAAGACCAACAUGCUCGUUUCCCAA